AUGCAAGUCGAAUCGAGCGUUACACCUCUGUUGACGAUUGACGAAGUGGAAAAAGUCCAGCGACCAAGGAUAGCCAGUUUUAUUGGACAUGUAUUCCAACAGACUUCAUAUGCGGUUUUGGUUGACAAACUCAUCCAACAAGAAAAGCUGAAUCACUGCCAUGGGCUGAAAACUCUUUAUUCAAGACCCUGUUUCACCAUUUCACGGUAAAACUGUGGUGCACGCUUCCACAUUCAUACGUCUCGACAUAAAUUUUAAGAAACUUUGUAAACAGCACUAAUUUUGCCAUCGGCAAUAGGGACCUUGAGCAAAGGGGACAUCAAAAAAGCAAUAGGUUAACAUAAGCAACACAACAAUUCUCCACGUGGUAACGCUUUUUUUGGACAUUUCUUUACCGUCACUGUUCUACUUCGACAUGAAAAUGUGUUAUUUCAUGUAGUUAUGGAGGACGCAAUGAAGCGACCAAGGAAUUUUACUCUCUCUCUGAGCCUGAAUAUGGUUCUUAGGAAUUAAAUUCAUGGAGAUUUCGCCUACAUUUGACAAAGUAAGUGAGUUGGAAUAAAGUCGAUUACGUUUGAAUAAAUAUAUAACGCGAAUUCACUUUUUAAGCGACGUUUUCGCCGCCGUCGCUUUCCUCAGUUUUUAAAAGGUCUCUAAUGUUUUGCCAGUAACCUCACGUUCACGGAAACGAGGCUUUUGCGUGACUUGGCCCUUACUGGGGCCAAAAUAAAAUAAGCUGAAACUGAUUUAUCAGUUCUGCCACUAAUAUGUUCAUGUUAUUCAUUGUGCACCAAUCUAACGGGUUAAAAGUAGGUAAUAAUGGUUGUACGUGUUGAUAAAAUUGCAUAUCAACUUCAUAAGUAAUUCUUGCUGUAUUAAUCUUUGGUAAUUUCUUGAAGCCGCCUAUCUGUUAUUUUGUAUUUAUUGAUAUAACUUGUUCCAGGUGAAUCUUUUGGCUUUUGUUUUGUUUUUUUUUUUCUAUUGAAGCAGCAAAUUUCCUGAUCCACCUGCCCUAAAUGAUAAAUAGCAGGAUAUUUCAAUUGGCUGUAUUUAGCGCCUGCAUGAUAAAUUUCCGUAUCAUUGGGAAUCAGGCAUGUCACAUUUCGUAUUUUUAUAGCGAACAGAAUGUGAAACUCUCGCGAGUAACCACCGAUCAAAUUGGAAAAAGACAAAGUUUUGUGUCAGAUCGAGAAGGUAAUAUUGCUAUUUUUAUUGGAGUAAAAUUUCAUUUUAAAUUAUAAAAAUUUCAUUUCAAAUUAUAAAAAUGAAAAAGGAUUAAGCCUUUCACGUUACAUACAACAUUGCAUAGGCCUCAGUAACUUUUAAAUCCUUGACAAGCAAAUUAUUUAUCGUUUAGAAUAGAUUUUAAGUACAUUUAUUCAGAGAAGACUAGAAAAUAACCAACGUACUUAAGUUUUUUUUCAUGGAAAAUCGUAUCAGGUAUUCAGUUAUACUAAUGCUCUCUGACUGACACGAGGGUUUGAAAGACUUUGAAGAGUGUGUUUGAAUUUUGUUGAUAUUAACAUCUAUCUGACGCUUACUCUAUUCUGAACGUGGACAACAUAAUCAAGUUACCUCGGGAAAACAGCGUGUAUUUAAAAAGUAGAGGACAAAGGUGACAGCUUGGGCCGGCAUAAAUAUCCUCGCACGAUUUUAGUGGCAAACUGUCUUCCACGUUUUACUUCAAAUUGAUAAAGAGCAGUAAGACAAUAUCAAUCGACACAGCUGGAAAUAGCGCCUUAAAAUCAAAUUACUUUCAACGUUUAAAGGUGAUACGCCCAAAGCGAACGAAGUCGCGAAAUUUUACAGACGUUUUUUUUGUAUGGUGGGGGACACGAACUUGCCUACCACAUUAAAACGUCUGUAAAAUUUCGUGACUCUGCGAAAAGCUAUAUGUUCGUUAGUUUGCAACAAAUCACUUUCAAACCUGGCAACUCUACUGAUUUUAAGAUGUUCUUUCCAGCAGUGUUGCCGACGGAUUUUCGGUAACUGGUCCCAGUCAAAAGUGGUUUAAUCGUGAGGUCUAUCGUGGAAGUGUCUUUUCUUCCAUUGGAUAAAAUCAUAAGCUGACAGGGGAAAGAUAUUGCUCAAUAUUGCUUAUCAUAAGCUGGCAGGGGAAAGAUAUUGCUAAUUAGUAUAUACACACUCAGUGAUCUUGGUGAUUUAAGCAAUCUGAUUGGUUCGCUAUCUAUUCAACAAUAUUCACCUCCUAGUGAGUGGAUGUGUGUGCUCGGUGUUUUUCCCAUGUUUUUAGAGAAUGAUCUUUUAAAAGUCGACAAAAUCCUAGGGCUGACUUUUUUAAGGCAAGAAAAGACUUGGAAGCAUUUACUGUAGCUGAGUUUUGUGCUCGAUGGAUUGUUUACAACUCCCGUUUAUUCGCGUAGAAGAGACCGUUUCGUGAACUCAGCGUUUCCUAACAAGAAAAAUUUGGCCCAAAAAUCGAAGUAUAUUUAUGAUAAACAAAUUUGAAAGGAAAUGUUUACAGAAAUUCUACGUUUCAAGGAAACAGGAAAAAGAAUGCUAUAGGAAGACGACGUCUUACCUCGAGCAACCGACCCGCUUUUUUCGUCUCAGCAGUUCAUGCGAAGAACGACACAACAAACCUUUUUGACUAUAAGCUUGGCGAGUCAGAAGAAAACAACAAAGCUCUACUUUUCUUCUCAGGUAAGGAAACAAUUCAAACUCUUAAUGGGUCCAUUUAAGCCAUAACGCUGUUGUUUGCGAAGUGAUAAACUUGUGAAUUGCCAUGUUUGAAAAUUCUGCAAAGAUCUAUUUUAAACUUUCGCGUGAUUUGAUCCGCCAAUCAAAUCGUACUUUUGAAUGGUCUCUUCUCUGAUUUUGUUGAGAUCACUUCGCUUGUAUAUACUAAAACAAUUAUUCUUUUCAAUCUCGGUAAAUAGUGGCUCUGGGAAUAUUUACCUCAAUUUCAAAGAAUAAUUGUUAAAUAUUGCUUUAUUUAUAAAGUCACACUUCAAGAUUCCAUUCCGUCACACUGAACUUCAAAAAGCCACAAAAAAAGAAACAAAAGGGGUACUAUCUACAUGUUACAGUACCGUCUUGAUCAUUUCAAAAUUCCUUUUGUCUGUUUAAUGUUAUAAAAAAAUGAUCCAGCUUCUAUAAACUACUGCAAAGAUAAGAAAGCUUUGUCUGGCUGAAGUAAGUAGUAAACUUCAAAACAGAAACAAAAACAAUGAAGUGUUUACUCGAUGAUCACGCCUUAGGAUUUCAAGGAGCAGAAUUGUCAGGUCCAGUAUUAUAAACAGCUUCACCUGCAAUGCAGCGUAAUUUUUUCACUAUAACAGCCAACUUCGCUUCAUUGAAUCAUUCAAGCUAAGAACAGCAUCCGUAACGCUUGAUUGCAGAUCUGUAACUUGCAGAAGGUCUUGUUUUCUUGUCUGAUGAGCUUUUUUUUCACGGUUUUAGAAGGGAACUAAAAGCAAAUUUUUAUAUCUGAGAUGCGAAAAAAAAAAAACGAAGCAAAACAUAGCUUUUAAGUUUUCAGUACGAUACCGAAGUUUUCGGUUCAAACAGUUUUCUUUGUUCAUGGCUCGACUGAUAUUCACACAGGGCGCCGGGAUGCAUGACUGUGGGCACAAGACGAGUGUUUCACCGCACAAGAUAAAAUACAGUUGUCUCCCAUGGCUUACCACCGCGAGGAACGUUUCCCUCGCGGCGGCAAGUGUUACACGCAGCUUUAUUCGCAGGUGAUCCCCGUGGAAAGUAGGGGGAACUACGUAGUUUUGCAAAAUGAGAAUUUAAAUUGAGAAUUUUACAACAGUGAAAAUCGUUUAUUGUUCUUCUUCUUAUUAUUAAUGCUCCCAACCCAUGAGAAAUAAGAACACAACAACAAUAUGUGGGGUAAGGGGUUGGGAAUGAAGUACUCCAAUAGCAGGCCGGUGGAACUAAAUGCCAUCAAUAGAUAAAUCACUAAUCUGGCUUGGUAAGGGGGGUCAAAGCCCCCUCCUCUCCGGGGAUGCAGGUCACAAACCCCUGGGAGAGGUUCCUAAUCCUCUUCGGGGCUGCAGUCACAAUACCCCGAAAGAGGUCCUUACUCCCUUUCAGGGCUGCAGGUCACAAUACCCUGAAAAGGUCCCUACUCCCCCUCAGGGCUGCAGGUCACAAUACCCUGAAAAGGUCCCUACUCCCCCUCAGGGCUGCAGGUCACAAUACCCUGAAAGAGGUUCCUAGUCCUAUGGCUAAGGGAGUUUAGACUCAUGGUUACCAUGGUAACCCAUCAAUUCUGUGAGUCUAUGGGGCCAAGAGUGCCUGUAAGGGAGCACUUCAUCCCAACCCAAAGUUUAUUUCUGUAUUUUAAUUAGACAGAUCAAAAUUGUAGACUAACUCAUUACUACAAUUAUGUAGUCCUUGGGAUUAGACAAGGCUAAACAGUUCAUUCAGUGUCUUUGAUGCAUGUAAACUGCAUAAAAUUAAUACCAACAGCACUGGUUGCUAACAGUAACAAAAAAUAGCUCAUAACUGUAACGUGUUGUAGAAAGAGAUAUCAAUACAUAUUGCUGUGAAUCUGAAAAUUAGAAACAUGAACAGUGGCUGUACAUAGGAAAGCUAGUCAAUGAUCCCUAACAUGGGGGCCAAAGGCCCAGCUUAACAGCUUAAGUAAGAUAUAUUACAACUAUUCGCAAAUUCAUAAGCAUUGUGUAAUACUAGUGUUAAUUUGGGUGUGACAUGCUUAAACCAUAGGGUGGGAGGGAGGGAAAAACACAUUGUAGAACAAGACAAAUACAGUUGCUAGCUCGCAGCGAAUGAAUGAAUGAACACACAACUCGUGCUCGAUGUCUGAGGAUUGAUUGACAGUGAAAUACCAGCCGAUUCUGAUUGGCUCAGCGAACAGUUUGCGUUACAAAUGCAUGUGAUCACGCUAAACUUUGGACUGUGAAACCCUACCCCAUACCUUAAAGCAUGUCACACAACCGGCACGUAAUCUCUCAUGGUUGUCCCAUUAACUUAAAUUUAUGAGGACAUAAAUUGGUCUUUAAUGCUCCCAACCCAUGAGAAAUAAGAACACAACAACAAUAUGUGGGGUAAGGGGUUGGGAAUGAAGUACUCAAUAGCAGGCCGGUGGAACUAAAUGCCAUCAAUAGAUAAAUCACUAAUCUGGCUUGGUAAGGGGGUCAAAGCCCCUCCUCUCCGGGGAUGCAGGUCACAAACCCCUGGGAGAGGUUCCUAAUCCUCUUCGGGGCUGCAGUCACAAUACCCCGAAAGAGGUCCUUACUCCCUUUCAGGGCUGCAGGUCACAAUACCCUGAAAAGGUCCCUACCCCCCUCAGGGCUGCAGGUCACAAUACCCUGAAAAGGUCCCUACUCCCCUCAGGGCUGCAGGUCACAAUACCCUGAAAGAGGUUCCUAGUCCUAUGGCUAAGGGAGUUUAGACUCAUGGUUACCAUGGUAACCCAUCAAUUCUGUGAGUCUAUGGGGCCAAGAGUGCCUGUAAGGGAGCACUUCAUCCCCACAAAUACACAAAGUGUAUUCCCCAUAGACGAAACAACCCUGACCCCUAGAAUAAGUAAUGGAUUAACUAAUUUAAGGUAUCACCUAACAGCUGACAGGAAACCCCAGAAAGAAGGGAAGGUGGGCACUGAACAUAUCUUUCAUAGCAGUCAGAGGACCACCGCCCCAGUGUUUUUAUUAGCCAAGGGGGUAGGCCCACAGAAGCCGAGGUUGUGGCAGCCCCAAUUCGGUAGCUAUGUCCCGCAUACUGAGAGGGCUGAAAACCUGACAUAGAGAGAAGCUGCCUAGUUUCGGAGGUAAGUCCCGCUUUUGUGAGGGGAGCACCCGACAAGUACUGAAAAAGUGGGCCUAGUGUGGACCCCCGGUAGGACAAAUAAUUUGUCAUAGCCAAAACAGGGCAGACCCUCUGGUCAGUCUUUCCAAUAACAAUAGUCUGACCCGAACGAAAUGGGUCAGUUUUGGAUAUUUUUAUCCUAACUGACAUAUGGUCAGGGUUCUGAAUACUGGGGAAAAAGGUCACAUCCCCUGGAGACAAGUGGCGUGUAGAUGAAUAGGGUGAGUUGCAGGUCAUUUCUCCCAGGCGGAGGAAACCAAAAAAGGCUAAGGUCAUGGCUGCCCAUACCAUAAUGGAGUCAUAACUAGGGGGAGGUUGGGAUUGCAAGAAGUUGGAAGAACAAUUUGAGGUGGUUUAUUGUAAUAGGGAGUCGAAUGCGGGUAGAAUCGCCCUGGGAACGCUUGAUGCCGCGGCAAAUCAACUGCAGGCGCAAGAAUUUCUUAAGGUCCAGGUCAUAGCCUGAGCGGAUAUGCAGGUGUCUAACUGCAGCCAGGUAACCCUUGAUGGAUGAGUGUUUAAUUGUUUUGGCUAAAUAUGCAACAUACUGAAUUAGAGUCUCUUCAUUGGUGGGCAAAUAAGUUGACCUGUGUGGGCUGUGGAGGGUGCAAAAGUCCAAAAAUCUACGUUCACCAGAGGUAUAUGUUUGUUUAGUAGAGGCAGCAACAGAGAGACGUAAGUACUUCUGGAUGUCGGCAUUCAGAUCACCAACAUUGUCGGGGGUACAGGACAUGGGGCUGGGUCUGCAUGAGGGGCCAGGCUGCGAAAACGCUCCAUCUGAAAUCGAGAGAGGGAAUCCGCGAUGUCAUUUUUCUUGCCUUCAAUAUGUUCCGCCCUUGGAUAGAAGUUAUGUCUUAAAGUCAAGAGGGUAAAAUGGCGAACCAGAUCCAUAACCCUAGGAAUGUGGGAUCGUUUGGAGUUUACUAUAUUGACAACCGAUUGGUUGUCGCAAUAGAAAACGAUACGCUUAUUGGCAAACUCAUCCCCCCAUAGGUGGCAUGCUACCACCAAAGCAAAUAACUCUUGCCAGGCAAUGCUUAUACCAGGAGCAUUGAGCAGGUGGUGAGUCUCCCACCUACCCUGAAACCAUUUCUGACCUAAUAUCCCACCGUACCCAAGUGUGCCUGAGGCAUCGGUAUGGAGUUCUAAGGAGUCGGAGUCUAGCCAUGAAGUAGGGAGGAAAAACCCGGCCCCAUUCCAGGUGUGGAUAAACUGUUGCCACAUAGUGAGAUCCUUGAAGAAACCCUGGCUUAAUUUAAUGUGGUGGUGAGGUUUAGCGACUUUACGAGUGAGCUCAAUCAUGCGCUGAAGAAAGGGCCUCCCAGGGGAAUAACUUUGCAUGCAAAGUUUAAAGUCCCAAUGAGUGACUGUAACUCCUUUAGGGUGCAUGUCCUUUUGUUUGAAAGAGGGCAAGGGGGGCCUGUAUCCGUUCCACCUUAUCUGCUGGGAGUCUCGCCUCCAUCCGGACGGUGUCCAGGAUAAUUCCCAUGAACUCAAGGGUAGUAGAGGGCCCUCUGUUUUGUUGGCUGCAAUGGGGAUACCCAGAUUCCUAAAGGUCAAGAGCAUGCUAUUCAAGCUCUGCUGGCAUAGCAAAUUUAGAGGGGAGAGGAUAAUGCUGGUUCGAUGAUUAAAAAUCAUCGAGGAUAUGACAAACAAACGAAACCUGGCAUUGAUUGAGGAGGAUCCACUCUAUUGCAUCGGACAGUAAAUUGAACAGGAAAGGGCACUCCUCAAGCCAAAGGGAAGAACUUUGUCAUAGUAGUAGCUACCCUCCCAAUACAUGCCGAAGAGCUCAUAAUCUGAAGGCCUAAGAGGGAUGAGGCGAAACGCUGACUCGAUAUCGGUCUUCGCAAGAAAGCACCCUUGCCCGAGGCUCAAAAUCCCGUGGAUUGCAUUGUCGAUUGUUAUAUACUGAAGGCUGAAAUCCUCCUUGGGGAUUGAAGAGUUGAUACUUGUCGCUCCAGAUUUUGGGAAAGAUAAGUGAAAGAUGGUCCUAAACUUCGUAGAAUGUUUUUUGGGGACCAAUCCGAUGGGUGACACCUGGAAAUUGGGCAGUGGUGGGGUGGGGAAAGGACCUGCAACUCGCCCCAGGGCCACUUCCUGGAAAGGUUUUCUGAAACAAUAUUUGGUUGGGAAAGGGCAGUGGGCAGAUUCCUAGAAAAUCUAGCAACACGUCUCCCAGUAAAACCCACAUCGGCCCCAUACCUAAGAUUGUUACACAAUUUCGAGACAAAUUCCCGAUCAGGAUGAUGAGUCAAUGUUUCCUCAAGUCGUUGUACAUUAAUAGGGGUCGGGAGGGGCAAGUAGUGUUCUCACUUUCGAUGAGAGGAACUUGACUUUGAGCUUCCACCAUGGUCACUUUCUCUAUGCCUCCCCUUCCCGCUCUGGUUGCCGCACAGGGUGGGCCGGGCAGUCAACCCUUGGGUGUAAUCCACUACAUCUGUUACACACAUGUCUGAAAUAGCAGGGGUCUCUAUUACAUGUGCCACUCCUAUUGUAAAAGUUGCAUGUGCCUCUGUUCGCAUCCCCUGUUGUAGACACAUUUCGCUGGGGUCCAUUUGAAAAAAGCGGAUACUCUUCUUUGAGUAUCGCUGGUGACACGGUGAAAAUGGUUAACCAAAGCUGAGUGUCAACCACUGACCAAUUAAUAGACUUAUUGACGCUAGCUUUCUGGCGAAACUUAAAGUCAUAAAUGGCCCAUCCUAACCCUUUGUGCACACGGGCUGCGUAUCUAAUUAAACUAACAUAUUGCAAGAGUUCCUGCGAUCGUGUUGGGAACUUGUCGAUUAGUACACUCAUAUAGGACGUAAAAGCAGUGGUCCACUGUUCAAUAUCGGUAAUAGAGGUGGAGGCCGACUGCUUCGAUUUCUUCGACACCUUAACGACGGAGUUCUCUAAGGAGAGGACAAGAUUAUCCUCCUCGUCGUGCAGCGACAGGUUCUUAGGAAGUAGUUUGGAAAGAUCAAAAACUCACCACAUUGGAUGUCUUUGAUAUACUGCCCUGGGAUGUCUUGGAAUGGCGAUGCGAAAUUUACCGCCGCAGUGUUCGUGGGAGCUGUCGUGUCGGGCGCUGUUUCACGCACCAGCGAAGGGGCCUUUGGGCAAGGAGGCUCGACGAAGCACUCACAGCGGCCCCAGCCGCUUCGGUCGCUAUCUCCCUGGCGGAUUGUUUCACAGUGUCCGCAAUUAAUCGUUGAAUCGUCUGCAUCUGGCCGUCUGUAAACUCAGGGCGCUCUUGCCUGUGUGCCGCCGUUUCGUCGUUGUUUGGAUUUGCUGGUUCGUGUUCAUUAAUUUCUUGAACCUGAAUUGGUGGUGGAUUGUUCAGGUCCCGGAGCCGGCGUUCGAGAGUCUUUUUGACUCCUGUCGACGGAAUCCAUGUUGAACACAAAGAGAGCGAAGGUCGGCGAUGGAUAGGGCUCCAAGCACGGUCGGGUCGAUAUUCGGUUGUGCGCCUGGGCGGGAAGUCGACCGGCGUGCUCGUGGCGGCAUGAUUUGCAACUUGAAAACACCUCACAGGAUCGCCUCACAGGAUAGGGAAACCGUCUCAGAAGCGAGCGAAAAAGCAAAUUGAACGGCUGCAAAAACACAUUGUAGAACAAGACAAAUACAGUUGCUAGCUCGCAGCGAAUGAAUGAAUGAACACACAACUCGUGCUCGAUGUCUGAGGAUUGAUUGACAGUGAAAUACCAGCCGAUUCUGAUUGGCUCAGCGAACAGUUUGCGUUACAAAUGCAUGUGAUCACGCUAAACUUUGGACUGUGAAACCCUACCCCAUACCUUAAAGCAUGUCACACAACCGGCACGUAAUCUCUCAUGGUUGUCCCAUUAACUUAAAUUUAUGAGGACAUAAAUUGGUCUUUAUUUCUUUAUUAUUUCAUUUUAUUUUAUUUUAUUUUUAUUCAAAGAAGACUGACAAAGUUUUUUUCCCUUGAAGACAAACUUCAUUACAAAAAACAGCUUGGGAAGAGAUGAUUUAUUACUGAGAGAACAGGGAAUACUUUUACUAAAUGAAUAAAUGAUAAUUUCCCAAAGGAUCAAUUUUAAUAUUCUGUCUUGUCAAAGUAAUUAUGUAAAAAUCUGCUUGCUUUUCCUCCAUCAUUUGUCUCUGUAAAGACAGAAUUCCUCUUCCAGCACUCUCUUUUUAAUUACUGACAUUAGUGAGAAUCAAGUUUACUAAACAGCAGCGUCGGAAUCAAAUUCACAAUUUCCCAUAGUAGGAAAUAAGAUAUAUAAAUAAAACUCCCCAAAUUAUUUGAUAUGAAACCGGCAUGAAACUUAUUUCUCAGUAAAUGCAAUAAACAGUCAAACGACAAAUAAAGGAAAUACCUGCUCAGACGUAGUAAGAAUUGACUUUUGCCUUAAAAAUGGUUCUUUGAAAUCUCUCUAUCGACAUCGACACUAUACUGUCUAUUCUUUGGAUGAACUUCUGUAAUAAAUGCAUUUGUGAUAAAUAAACUACUAAAAUAGUUUUUAGCCAGUUCAGUCUGCAUACACUCGUUUCCUGUCAGAUCCCUGUGGCUAGGGACAGUCUCGUGAUGUGUGUUUUAGAGGUCUAUUUAUUUAAUGACAGCACUUGUAAGGUAGAAAAUCAGUCAAUAAAAGAUAGCUUAUAUUCCCGUCGCCAACUAAAUACAUAUAAUUGUCAGUUAGGCGUUUAGUCAGCUGGUAUCAGUUACUGCAUUCAGAUUGAAUUACUUUUAAAUCAUUAUUUUAAUGCACCUAAAAGGCGCCAAAAGUCUACUGUAAAUAGUUUCGAAAAAUAUUAUCACUGAGUGUACUAAGGCCCGGUUCAGACGCCGUACUUUUCAUGAGCCGAACCUAAUACAUUGAAUUAAGUACAUGAAAAGUUCGGCGUCUGAAUCAAUUAGCAACGCCUGUUUCAAUUUGGAACGGCUCAGCCGUUCUUUUCGCCUAGCCCGGCCGGGAAUUUCGCCUUUGGAUCGACUUAGGAACGCCUUUUCAUGUACCGAACCAAAUGCAGAAAUUCUUACAACGUAUUUUGUAAGCAGUUUGACCGAAAUGCGCAUUUUUGGCCUUCUGAAUUUAGUUCGGCUGGAAUUAAGAUCGGCGUCUGAAUCACUUUGCCGGUCUAAAUAAUUUGGGUCGGCCUUAAUUCGAAUUAGGUUCGGCUCAUGAAAAGUUCGGCGUCUGAACCGGGCCUAAAUAUCUUUUUUGUCACUUCUGUAGAUAGUUGUGUUGUAGCCUGAAUGUCUUCGACACAAUUCUACAACAGUGCUUUUCCUCCCAAUAAGGGAUCGAUAUACCGCUAGCUAACUGAAUCCUUGAGCGCGGGGUAGUUUUGCAUUUAGACUGAGUGGCCUUGCUUAACCAAAGCUUUCUACCAUCACUCAUGACUAAAUAGGAAGUUAAUAAUCGUUAAAAGUAAUGCAUUACAUUAAAUACAAGCUUGGAAGGAUAAAGGUGAUUUCCGCUUUUAAUUCUCUUCUGAUUAACAUUUACCACAACCUGUUUAAAUUUCAUUUUUUUACAAUGACAGUUUGAAUGGUUUCUAUUCACUAGAAUCUUUCGUAGAAAGAAAAGAAAUAACUUCUAAAAGUUAAUGAGGUUUCUUAUUUCCUGAAUCCGCAGAAUUGUGCAAAUAUUAUAAUGAAAGAAGAGUGUCAGUUUAGUUUAGUGAGUUCUCGACAUUAAGAGAAAAUUCAGAUCUGAAAUUCAAAAGGUUUUGGAUUUAUUAUAUUAAUAUUUAAAGCAUCUCCUUUUUUAAAGAAAGCUGUGAAUCUAAUAACUAGCACGCAAUGAAUUUUCCAUCUUGAAACAUCUUGUAUUUUGACGAGCUUUUAGAGCGAUCGUUUCUAUUUUAGUUCUGGAAGAAGAUCAUUUAAAAUAUUAUACAUUUGACAGAGGCUAUACGAGAAGGACCCUCGAAAACUAUUUAUUUCUGGGUUCAAGCUGCAAGAAUUUCAUUUCAAAAGUUGUAGACUUGACAGAUGCUAUUACACGGGAAAGAGCUUUGAAAUCUACAGUAGUACAAGUCUAUCACUUGUUUUAUUGUUUUUCAACCAGAAGAAAGAUGUAAUCGCAAAGUUCUUUUAGCUGCCAAGACGCUGAAAUUUACGAGUCAGAGUAAGUUAUUUUACAUAUUUUACUAAAACAUUUUACUGUUAUACCAUUUCAAAAACUAAUUCUAACUUACCAACACAUAGAUUAAUUGGUAAAACUUAUUAACUUUUUUCCAUGCCGGAGAAAAACUGAUUCAGCGAACGAGUGCUCAAUACCGUCUUCAAGGAUUUUAUAAGUUGAUAAUAAUGAAUCAUCUAAAGCCACUGAUCUAAAUUUCUUGAAAUUUUAUAUUUUUUCAAGGUAAACGUAACCUUAACCAUAAUAGCAUUAUUAGAUUUUGAAUAGAGUACAUGAAAAUUGGACCAAAAAGUAUAGUUCUGAAUGGAUUCUGCAAAAUUUAGUCUCAACCAGGAGGAUCGGCUCCUGUCUCAGCUCCUUAAAGUUCGUGUGAAACAGAAAAGACCAAAAGGGAUCCCAUUAAAAAAAUGAUCUUUAAGUUUCACCUACCUAGCAAAUACAGUGCCGGAUCCAAACCUUGAGUUAAGGGGGAGGGGGGGGUCAUCCAGACACUUGGAUAAGAGGGGAACCCGGUCCUUCGGGCCUCAUUUUGUUCCAAAAAUAAGGGGGGGGUGCGGACCCCCUGGGCCUCCCCUGGAUCCGCCACUGAAGUGCUAUUUCUAUGGCUUAUUCCGUGGACUAAGAUCAGAGACUCCUAAUAUUCAGGACAUUUUUGGUCUUUUUAUGACGAGUCAAGGAAAGGGAACUAGGGAAGGACUAUUGAAACCCACAAAGAACCUUGGGUUUCACAAUUCAAAAAAUCUGGCACAAAAGUUAAGCAGAGUAUUGUUGUAGUAGCCUCCCACGCAGACGUUCUCAGGGGUUCGUCACGCGUUCCUGCCCCAUGAACCCCUAAGAACGUCUGCGUGGGAGGCUAUUGUUAUAGCGGAGCUCUCGCACGCGAAGCGCGCGCAGUGGAGCACCUUGAGUAAGAAAAUUGGUUAUUGCAUCCGAGAAAUUUUGGUUAAUCGUCCGUUGGUACUUACGACCACCCCUUCAUGUAAGCCGGGGUGAAAUUUGCAUUUUGAGCACUCCCGCGUUUCGGCUGUAAAUCGUAUGGCCACCCGGACUUUAGAGAGAAAAAAUACAACAACAAUAAAGCCGAUCCCUUCUUUCGACUAAAUUUUAAUUUCUACAUUAACGCGGAGAACAGAGAAAGAGCUAGAGCGAGGAAUGAAAAGACCAAUUUCGUUGGAAGAAAAACGUGAAAAUUUUAUAGCGGCGGUGAGAAAAUGAGAAAUGCGACCGGUCACCAAGGUGAAAAUGAGCGGAAGCGAAAAAAAAGAGUUAGCAGGAACACAUACGACAUCGGUCCCUGGUAAAACGUGUAACUCGGAGGUUUCUGGAAGUUUCACGUUAUAAUCGUGCAAAACAACGGCAAUGAAAUGUGCAAAAAAAGUGUGCUGCACGUGCAAAGUUGUUUUUGUGAUAAUUAGACCUACGUUUUCGUUGCCGUCGCCGCUCAGCAAUACACAAUUUUAUGUUUUGUUUGACAAAACUAUAAACAUUAACGAGAGCUUCGCUUUAAAUCUAUAUAUUAUAGUAGAGCUAAGAGUUCCUACUUUUAUGUUUAAAAUUAAACCUCGUGUAUGAGUUCAGUGUGAAAGUCAGUCAUGGCGUUUAGAAGUGGAGGAUAUUGCAGGUAAUAAGGCUACAAGGGAAUUUAUAUGUAGGAAAAACGGUUUCCCCACGGAAAUGAAACUGCAAUGAUAAUAUUGCUAUGACAUGAAGAACAGAGUAAAAUUUGAGGUGCAAAAUGUUAGGGCUACAGAUCUUGGUAACUGAGACUAGGCUAAAAUCUAAUUUUUUUUUCCAAAAAUGAUGGAUAAUUGACUGUUGGUGCACGCAUUUCCUGUCCGCUGUGAAAACCUAUUUGGAAGGGGAGAAAAAGUUUAAAUAGACUAGGUAGGUUCAAUUAAACAACAAUUUCCUCAAAUUAGACCACAUUUCAGAUGACGUGCGCAUGCUUCACGCGAUCUGAUUUUGGUAAAAAAUUUUCAAGUGUAUUGUCUAGUUGCCGUUGACCACCAACAAGAUUAUUUCGGAUAAGUGGUUUUAAAUGGAGAAACGUGGGCGUUAGGUUUCAGAAAAGGAAGUCUCAUUGAAAGGAUUGAUGUCCAUAUUGCCUGCUGGGGUAGUUAAUCAGGAUUCGCUUUCAGUCUGGCUCGGUCGCCGAACCGGCCAUAUUAUACAGGUGGUUAAUAAAGCAAAUCGUAUUCGGCCUUAAAGGCUUUUGUUACUCUGAAACAUAUAAGACCUUCAUUUAACCGAGAUAUAAGUAAUCCGGAGAGAUGCGAGAUGUUUGUCUUUUGAAUGAAACCUGUAGUGUUUUUUUUUCCCUUUAAAUAGGACAAUUGCACGAUGACGAUAUUUGACUACAACUACCAGAAUUCAUUUCGGUUUUGCUUUGUUAUUUAAAUUUGUCAAUGCCGCUGAGGAUUAAAGAAUAAUAGCUUUAAUUUGCACAAGAAAACAACAAACUCAAGGAUUCUGGUAGUUUUAGGAAAAUUACGUCAUCGUGCAAUUGUCCUAUUAUCGACCUCGACUUCGUCUCGGUCCAUAAAAACGGAAACUAAACUAAACUAGGCCAAAAUCCAGCCACCUUGACUAAUAUAUAUGACUAUAUAUAUGCUAUAUAGACGGUAUAACAGUCUCCGAGAACAGUACACAAAAAUUUUCUCCUAGUCAUACGAAAGCCGAAUUCAAUAAUUGUUUUAUUAUUUCUUCAAAAUAUUUCUAAGUUCUUCUGAAUUAGCUCACCUUCUCUCAGUGAUUCCUCAAAACUCUGGCCUAUUUCUCAGAACGGUCUCAAGAUAUAAACAGAUGUUUUUUUCUUACAGAUUAUACCCCUCAGAGGUAGAUAACAUUCAUUGACCAAUAUGUUUUUUACAUUUCUUCCCUUCAUUUUUAGCUAGAAAUUCAGCUACAUGUAGUUUGUCUACUUCGGAUGCGGUGAACACCAUUUUUUAGUGAACUGUUGUCCAAUAUUUUGAAUGAAUAACUACAAUAAAUUGUCAAAUAAAUUAUUUCGCUCAUACGUUAUUUAGUGGUGUCGAUAGUUUAAGGGGUCGCUAAAGGGUUUCUCUGUUACCAAGGUAACGUUAGCAAUACAACGGUCUGUACAUAAACGGGUAAAGAUCAUUAUGGUCUAAAACGGGGUAUAGUUUUCACGGGAACCACAGGAGGGUAUCAACAUAUUUUUGUCUGAAAAGAUGAGGCCUGCGUGGAAGGCGUUCGAAAAUUCCUUUCCUGCCAACGCCUACCACGCAAGCUAGAAAAGAUGUAGAGUGUCAAAUACUAUUAAAUGGAGGUCGACAAAACUUCCCUCACUUGGACAAGGCGAUGAGUUCGCAGGACGAGUAUAACUUUCAGAUGCCAGAUCUGAAAACGUGUAUAUAUUUAAGAGGCCAUGCAAGGCUUGAAAACGGUUUUGAAAAAUGAAAUGUUUUUGUCUUAAAUAGAUGAAGAUUUGGAGCGAGCGGACGGCGGCACAUCCUUACCAACAAUUCCUAAGAGUCCCCCCGAGACGGAUAUUGUAGAAACGUUGAUAUGUAUUACCCCACUGUUUGCAAUAUCAGCUCACCUUGUAAUCAGUAUAUUUUGUUAAAAAGUAAUCACGCGCACACUCCGUUUAUGUUAUCCGAGUUUGUAUUUCACCUUCUGCAAUUUGUAGCCCGCGCGGUACACCUUAUUCAGUUAUGAACCUCGGAGACGCCGCACGUUACUUUGAAUUGCCGACCCUCUGCAGAAUUAAUUAAUAGAACGUCUGUGAUUUGUAUACGGUCAUAUAGAACGGUUGUUGCAGCUCUUUAUUCCUUCGCGAUCUUUGUCUGUCAAAAUUGAAAAAGAAAUCAUUAUUUCGAUGUUUCGAUGUUUUGAAAAAGGUAAGUCAUCAGUAAUUCCAGAUUCGUCCCUAUCAGGCUCAGUUCUAUGUAUUUGCGGCUAGAGUUUCCUUGCAGAAAGGCUAACAAUAAACCAGAAGGCCAUUUUUUGAGGUUUGGUUUUUAUGUGUGACCCUAAGGUAAACAGACAAUUUUCCGCGCUUUCACGAACAACAAGACAGCGUAAAACAGAGUAAUAUUAAAGCUGUUGGACAUUUUUUGAAUAUUAUACUUUCUGGGGAUCUGUGGUUAAGUACAGUUAUUGCAGUUUUAAGUUUUUACCGCUUUGUUAUUGAGCAGUAAAGUGUACUUAAAAACUCGUACAAAAAUGUACACACAAAAAAAACAACAAAUGAAAAAAUGGCUAAUCCUGACGUUUGUUAAAAGUGUUUUUGUCUUAAGAGAAGCAAACUAAGGGUGGAGAUCAUCAGAAAAAAUCGGUGAUCAUGGUAAACGAUCGAGUUAACGACAUAACGUCAAUCAAAACAAGAAAGGUUUGGGGUAAAGCGAUAGAGUGAUCGGCAGUUGUUUGUUAUGAUAAUUAUUUAGGAAGUCUAAGCAAACUCCACCGGUCCUGUCAAAACUUAACUCUUAUAUGACCGGCAUUUCUAGUGACCUUUCUAUGAAGAAAAGUUCGCUCUGCAUUAACAGUGGUUUUUUUCCUUUAGUUCGACUGAUCCCAUUAAUGGCAUAAUUUUUGUUCAUAACAGGCUUUCGCGGCUAAACAGUUUGAGCAACUUGACGGAUCUGACGCUGAAGUACCAG